AUGGAAAACAAGGAACCGGGUGAAGAUGAUUUCGAAGAUAUGACAGAUGGUGUGUUAAGUGAUCCUGCUGAAUACUUCUUCGAAUAUUAUGAUAAGAAUUUUUGGAAUGUUGUUGCAGAACUGACAAAUCUAUAUCAUGUGCAAAGUAAUAGUAAGAAUUUGAAAGCAAAUAUGAACGAAAUUCUUUCCUUUGUUGGGAUCGAAAUUCUAAUGGGUACGCUCAAGCUACCACAAGCCAAGAUGUACUGGAGUAGGCUACUUGAUCUGCCUCUCAUAAGUGAUACUCUGACUCGGGACAGAUACUUCAAGUUAAGCAAUCUUUUACAUUUUGUGAAUAAUUUACAUGACCAAGAUAGGAGUGCAAACUUUGGAAAAUGUGCAAUGAAAACUUAUGUGCCAUCAAAACCCAAUCCUCUUGGGUUAAAAAACUUUAUUUUGGCAUCUUCAGAUGGUUUAGUUCUUGACUUCAUAAUAUAUACUGGCAAAGGAACAGUGCCCGACACUGAAUUAAAAGAAAUAGGUUUAGAUGCAAGUGUAAUUAAGCUGUUGACUGUGACAGUUCCAAACAAUGGGCAGCAUGUGAUAUAUAGUGACAGAUUUUUUACAGGCAUUAAGUCAAUUGAGUUUUUCUUAAGCAACAACAUACAUCAAACAGGUAGUGUAAUGAAAAACAGAAUUUUUGAUGUGGCUUCAAAAUUCAAAACUGAUUGUGAUCUAAACAGAGGUGAAUGGGAUGAAUAUGUGAGGGAAGACAAAAAGCUGUGUGCACUUAAAUGGAAAGAUAACAAGGCUGUCAUUUUGGUAUCGUCUUUUGUUGGGAGUGAGCCGCAAGUUACUUGUAAGCGAUGGUCAAAGGCGCAGAACAGAAGUAUUGAUGUACCACAACCAACUAUUGUGAAGAGUUACAAUUUUAACAUGGGUGGUAUUGACCUGUGUGAUAGAUUCAUGGCCUACUACAGGUCAAAUACCAGAACAAGAAAAUGGACAAUCAGACUAUUUAACCAUUUUAUUGAUUUAGCUAUUAUUAAUUGCUGGAUUAUGUACAAAAGAACCUGUGCAAAAGAAUUAGUACCAAAGUGUAACAGACUGUCCCUAAUAAACUUCAGACUGAAUGUGGCCAAUGUAUUGAUAAAGGUUCUCAUGUCAGAGGGUCGUCACAACUCUCCAAAGAAAUAA